UAUUCAAAAAUGAAGACAAAGCAGGUAUUAGUCUGUGAGUAUAAAAAAGUGUACUUAGUGCCAGAUGCUAGAUGCCACUCUAUGAGUUGUACAGUGUUUCUUUCUUCCCCAAGUCAAUUACUGGUCAUUGCCGGAGGCAGGAUAUUGCACUGGAUGAACUAAUUAUUUGGUACAGUAUGAGGAAAAAAUGUAUAUGGUUUUACAUCAGCAUUUGAUUUAAUUAAAAUCAGACAAUUAUCUUACAUACAGCUUUAAGAUUAACGUAGACUGUAUUUUCAACCUCUUUUCAGUCACAGGAUUUAUUUUUUUCCAUAUUUGGAUUUUCCAUUCUUUAGAAACCAGAUGGCCGAAAUCUGAGUCUUGUCUACAUAGCCUCUAUUCUUUCAGGCAGGCCGUAGCACAUUUUAUAAAUAACAAAGGUGCACCUGGUCUUUGGAAUUCUUCUGACAUACUUUCCUGAUGGUUCUUAAAAUAUCAUGCUGGAAGCAAUCAGGUUUUGUCAAGAAGGGGAAGCCAAAUAGCACCAACAACCGGACUGUGGCCAGAUAAACAAGUGGCAUGUUUUAAAAGUAAAAAUCAUUUAGCAUUACAGAUGGGAGAGCACACUUCUCUACCUUUCUUGCUGAAGAAAGAGAACAUAAGACAUGGCUUUGACUUCAGCUUUCUGCUACAGGCCACAUGCACAGAAUCCAACAUUUCAAAAUCAUUUAUGGAUUUGGGUGCCUUUCAUAUAAUAGCACAUGCUCAACAAAGGUUAAAUAUAACAAUACAAGAAAAGAGGAACAAGAAAUCUGAGUUUCAUUUGCCACCAGUGACAUUUCAGCCUGCAAGAACAAUUCAUCUUGCUCUUCUAGAGGAAAAUUUUGUCGAAGGCACCAAGAUCAGAAAUACUUUGAAUAUUAUGAACUUUAUUCCUCAGCCUAUAAAACCAGUUAACAGAUUUUAUCAGUAUCAGGUAGACAAUCUAUUAAAAAGAGACGCUGAAAAGUCUUCAGGCCUGAUUGUGGCUACUGUUUCUGAUAAGUUCACUCCAACACAAGACCUGUGCUGCUUCAGCAAGGAUAAAUAUAAGUACUCUAGUGACAGGAAAGAAGAAAUUGAAAACAAUUUGAAAUGGAGGGAAGCUGAUGUAGCUACCAAUAUUGAAAAGAAUGACCAGAUGAAGUAUCAGUUUUCAGUGGCUUGUAAGGAUGUAGAUAUUGUGACCCAAGUCAGUUACGGGGAUGCUAGUUCUUCCUACUUCAGCACAAGUAACACUGUGAUAAACUGUGGAAUAUUUACAGUUCUAUGUCCUGUGUCAAACAACACAGACACUUUAAGAGCUGGUGAGAAGGAAAAAAGAGUGCAGAAUUCCUGUACAACCAGUAUAGAAGGAGGAGACGUUCCAGAAAUGACAGUGGGUUAUAUACCCUGUGAAGAUGCUGAGAGCGUGAACUUCAUGCUUGGCAAUCAUGAUUUAGAUUCGUCCUGUACAAAUGAAGUGUUCGAGGCCUACUGUGCCUUAGAAGGUAACUCUGUAGCUGCAGUCAUUCACAGAGUGCAAGAUUGUUCUGGAAAACAAACAGAAAAUAAUGUUUGUCUUCUUGAAUUCAAAAAGAAAAAAGAAGCAAUGCAAGAAAUGACUGCAAGAGAUCAAAGUGAGCUUGUACCUGUUGCCCAGGUUACAUUCUCUGAACAAGAACCAGCUAAGGAACCACCCAUUGCUAAACGGCCUGCCAGGAGAAGGAGUGUUGUUCACAGCCUCCUUCCUCACGUUAGUCAGAGCUGCAAUGUUCCUGCUCACAAAGAAAAUGACAAAGGUGAGAUGAAGAUGAAUAGAAACAAACAUUCAUCAAAAUCUAAAAUAAGUAGCAAGAUAAAGAUAGCUGAAGGGGUAAUUGUUUCUGAUGAGAUUUCCACAAAAUAUAAUGCACAAGAGAUGAAUGCUAAGAAUCAGAUUUUUCCAUCUUUGCAGCUGCCAUGCAUGGAAUCCGAGACUUCCCUGAAAUGUCGGAAAAAAAUACCUCAAGCAAACAAAUACCAUUUUCCCCAGAGUGCUCAAAAACUUAAAAAGCAAAGUUUCUCCUGCAGCUGCAAAAAUCCAGUUAUUUUAAAGAAACCUGUUACUCCUCUUUCUCUACCGUGUGCACAGCCUGCUUCAGAUUUUGUACAUCUGAAAUACAGUGACAUGUUCAAGAAAAUAAAUUCAAAUGACAACGGUCCAGGUAUUUAUGAAAUGUUUGCAACUCCAGUCUAUUCCCACAUGCGUGAGCUUGAUCGACAUGAGAACAGUUCUUACAGAGAUGUUUGUUCUUCUCCCCCUGGGAGAUGCACUGCUAGCACCUGCAGAUCUACCUGCAAUAAAAGGAGAGAGAGCAGCCAAGUAAGAAACACUCAAAAGAGAACGUAUUCUAAGCCAAAGAAGACCGUAUCUGGUACCAAACAAAAGCAGAAAGGCUUAAUUCCAAAGGACAAAAGUAUCAAAUUGAGUGAUAGCAACACAGAGAGAGAUAAUGUGAUAACUUCUGGUCUGGAUUGUCAAAUACAGACUCCAAGGAGCAUGUCGCUGGUUUGUGGAGACUUAGAUGAUCCGCUUAUGUUUUUAGAAGAGCUUUCACAGCCAUCCAAACAAAAUAAAACAAAAUCAAAUUCAAAGUUAUCUCCUAUUACAGAAGUCUCUUUUGAGAAGUCUUUAGACAGUCAGGAUGUAUCCAACCAUCAGAUAGCUUCUACCUGUAGCCAAAAUCUUCUUCAGUUCAGUAACAAAGACUACACAGAAUGUGCAGCUGUACACAGCAGUUUAUUAACAACAGACCAGAACAUUUGUGUACCCCAGUACAGGGUGGAUAAGGAUGGCUGCACGGGCCUGGAAUCAGACCAGACCUCCUUCAGGACUAUAAAUCGGCAUGAAUCAUUGCACUUUUCAGACAGACUGCAGUGUCAAUCCCUUGCAAAAAAAUUAAGUCAGAGCUGGGCAUACACACCUCAGGGCAGUAGUUUGGCAAAUGAAUUUACUCAGCCUUCAGUGAUUCAGACAACAAAUGUUACAAGUCCCAGUUUCCAGACAAGUCAAAACAUUUUGUCCUGGGCAGGUAAAAAGGAUGUGACCGAGGACUUGCUUUGUUGUCUGGCUGCAGAAUUGCUAGUGCUUGAAGAAAAAGACGUCAACUCUGCAAGAACAAAAAUUGCAGAUUCUAAAAUGCAGAAUGCCUAUACGAAAGAAGAAGGAAAUACGAUGAAUGGAGAUGGAGAAAUAGUAAACAGUGCUCUAGCGAAGCAGAGUUACAGUAGAGCCUUUUUGGGAUCAAAUGAAGAAAGAGACCUGCUAAACUGUGAGGAAUCCACUGAAGUGCCCGGAAGCAUUUUAACUAACAAGGAUACUAUCAUGUGGACGAGAGGUGAAGUUCUUGGAAAGGGAGCCUAUGGCACAGUAUACUGCGGUCUGACAAGCCAGGGACAGCUAAUAGCAGUAAAACAGGUUGUUUUGGAUACGUCAGAUCAACUCACUACCGAAAAGGAAUAUCAGAAGUUGCACGAGGAAGUUGAUCUUUUGAAGACACUGAAACAUGUCAAUAUUGUAACUUAUUUAGGAACUUGUCUGGAAGACAACAUUUUAAGCAUUUUCAUGGAGUUCGUUCCCGGUGGCUCGAUUUCUAGUAUUAUUCAUCGUUUUGGUCCAUUGCCAGAAAUUGUCCUUCGUAAAUACACAAAACAAAUUCUAGAGGGGGUUGCGUACUUACACGACAAUGGUGUGGUGCAUAGAGAUAUCAAGGGCAAUAACGUUAUGCUCAUGCCAAACGGUACAGUAAAGCUAAUCGACUUUGGCUGUGCCCGGCGCUUAGCCUGGGCAAGCCUCAGUGGCACACACAGCGAGCUGCUCAAGUCCGUGCAUGGGACUCCGUACUGGAUGGCACCAGAAGUUAUAAAUGAAUCUGGGUACGGAAGAAAAUCGGACAUCUGGAGCGUCGGCUGCACCGUGUUUGAGAUGGCAACAGGAAAACCACCGCUGGCUUCCAUGGACAGGAUAGCAGCCAUGUUCUAUAUCGGGGCCCACAGAGGGCUGAUGCCUUCCCUGCCUGAGCGAUUCUCGGGAGCUGCAGCGGAUUUUGUGCAUGCGUGCUUAACCAGAGAUCAGCAUGAACGCCCUUCUGCUCGGCAGUUGCUGGACCAUCCCUUUGUGAAAGGAAGACAGUGAAUUUUUCAAAACUCCUGCCAAAUGAGUUUACCUUUUACAUAAAAGACUUCCACUUGUGAAAAGGAUCAGAAGGAUCUGGACUUAAGAGUGACAGCAGAACUUACUAGAGGUAACUUUGUAGGCAAGAAUGCUAUUUUUAGGCAGUGAUUAACAUUUUUUUGUGAUGUCUGUGCUCAUUGGAAUGGGCAUUCCUCCACUGUGAACGCAGGGCCGUACAAUUUGCUGCAUUUGAAGAGACUUAAAAAAAACCCACCCCACAACACUAUGACCAGUCAGUGACAAGCCAGGUAAGUUGGGAGUGCCAAUUUGUCUGUAAAAGCCUUUGGGUUGUGUGGUAUCAGCAGAAAGCAUUGCAGAUACAGAAAGCUCUGCUCAAACUCAUAGAUGAGUGUUUAAAUGUGCCUGUAAGCCCAUGAAAAUGCCAAACCGUGCAGUUAUAUUGGCAUAAAACAUACUGAAGCUUUUCUUUAGUUAGAUGUGCCUUUCAAUUUUAGCUGCUGGAAAGAGCCACAGAACCAGUCUUUGCACACACGUAUCAAUCCUUUCUAUCCUUUCCUGCUGAGGUUUAUCAGCUACAAGAUACUGGAGUGAUACCGUGCUGACAAGAGAUGCCCAGUUAUACACAGAUGUAUCCUUAUUGAGCUUACAUCAAGGUAAUUUCUUAGUCUCUCUAGAAUUAUGAAUCAGAGAUCCAUAACUAACUGCAUGUAAUGAAAUAACAUUUGAAGAACAUUAUGCUAUAUCAAUAAAAAAGAUUCAGGAAUUAUUAUUUAGACUGUCCUCUUCCUGAUUGGGCUUCUUUCUCAGUAUAUUUAAGAUUUCAGGGGAAUAAAACAUUGCAGAAACCAUUAAAAUGGGGUGAACUUUAUGCUCUUGUGAGCACCCUGUUUCUAGGAAGACGUAGUAAAACUCAGCCCUAGAAUUUUCAAGGGCUGAGGCCUCAAAAGUUCAAGACCCUGACUCUUGUACCAGCAGCGAAUUCAAAAAUGGGUGUUUUACAAAGCAAAGAAGGAAAGCAACAAAAAGUUCUGGUUUAUGUCAGAUCAACUUCUCCCAGAGCACUUAGCAUUUUAGUUACUUAAAUAGCUUUCAAAUUUUAUCUUAUUCCAGUAGCCUGACUUCAGAAGAGCAGUUUGGUCUAAACUUUAUAAAAAUGAAGAGAAAUCAGUAAGUACUUUUAGCAAAAUUCUUUAUUUGUGUGGUUUCUGUAGGUAUGAUGUCACAUAACAGACAGCAUUAUGAGAGAAAUCCUAGCAUCACAGUAAUUUUCCAAGCUUAAACAGUUCUCAGUCCCAUUUUGAGGAAUACCGGUUGGUCCUCAUGCCAAAAUCCAUGGCAACUUGAGUAUCUUCACGUUAAAGUACCUUGCAGAAAAAAGGUAGGAGCCCUGGCACGUGAACUCAAGUGGGACGUACAUAACUUCAAGGUGUCUAUUAAUUCUUCUUAGGUUAAGGGAGUGUUUCCAAAAAAAAGCUGCAAAGUAAAUAUGAGUUUUUAUUUAGCAUGAAAUGAUACUGAGAUGGUAGGCAUAAGUGGGGAAAGAAUGGGAAUGCUUGAGGAUAUGCAGUUAAUUCAGAUUUUCAGAGCUAUGAAUCCUCCUCCUUAUGCACAUCUUAUAACCAAAACUAAGCUCUGUUAAACUCUGAGUUCUGUAGUGUUAGGGUUAGUAGUUAUUUAGAAUUUAAAUGUAAUGUUUAGUCCAGCUACACUAACAUUAGUUUUCAACUUUUUAAAAAAAGAUUUAAAGUUUGUAA